UGGAAGAACUCCACAAGAGGAAGCGCUACUGUAAGUUAUGGAUGUGUAGGGCACACUUCAUACGUGCAGCAGAAAGCGGCGGCGUCAUUUUCUCAGGUCUCUUGGAGGAAGUUUGUUACGUCGUGUGUGUCAGGACAUGAAGCCGUACAGAGAGUUUAUUGAGAGUACAUUGUUUGCUUGCUGACCUCGAGUCACAUUAAAUCGGUGAGACUGGCUUCAUAUUAAACGCACUUUGGCGUGCGGAGUGCUUCUCCCUCCGCUGCUGAGCCUUUGAGGGGACGGCGACAGGUGUUGAGCAUCAGUUGAGCAUUUUCGCAACAUGAUGGAGCUGCAUUUGACAUAAGUUACUGAAGUGCAUGCAGUUCAAGAGGUAGAAAUACCGGCGAUAGCACAGGAGAAACAGGUGCACACAGCUAAUACGUUAUGGAGGUUUUGAGGAAGGUUCAUAACGUGUUCCUUAAGAUUGUCCUGUUUCCAAGCACGGUUGGCAAGACAAGACCUCGUCCCGCAGCCUCCGAGGUGCUGACAUGCCACCUGCUGCAGAGGAAACUGCCUCCAUGGACCUCCUACUGUGUUCGCUACAGUGCCGUGAACAACGACCAGUUUGGACUGUCUAAUUUUAACUGGAGCGUCCAGGGAGCCAACUACCAAAUACUGAGAACAGGCUGCUUCCCCUUUAUUAAAUAUCACUGUACUAAAGCACCUCCACAGAACCUGGACUUUGAGAACAGGUUUUUCUCCAUGUUGAAAGUCAUCAAUCUAGGUAUCCCCUCAUUAGCAUAUGGAAUUGGUUGCUGGCUGGUGGUGGGGGCUGCAGAAACGGUGCAGACCAGUGCUGGACCAGUCACCGUCUAUUUUGCCUACAAAGAGGAUGAAGGCGCGCAGUAUUGAAUGAAAAAAAAUCUAUCUUCAAGAGAAAUGCAGGCCAAUCUAUUCACAGUAAUGCCACAGACUGUUCUGGAAAGCCUAUUGACUGAAGUGCUGCCCGAUGUCGCUUGAAGUCCCUGUACAAUUCCAUUAGUGUUCAAUUAUUAAAGACUAUUUAAGUUGCAA